GAGGAGGAGGAAGGGCUUGGAGGGGAGGCUCGCCUCGCCAGCAGCAGCAGCAGCGGCAGCCGCCUUUCGCAUUGAGCAGGCGGCAGCAGCCAUGGAGGAGCCAUGGAGGAGCGCCCUCCGCCCGGGCGAGGAACUGCCGGCGAGCCAGGCGCCGUGAAGGAGCCGCCGCGCCUGCCACCGUCGGCGCCGGGCUCUCGGCUUCUCCCCGCGCCCGGAAAACAUGAGAAGGCGGCCGAGGCACCGCUGCCUCCCUGCCGCCCGCCGCCGGUGAGAGCGCGCCCCCGGAGGGAAGAUGGGCGCUGUCCUGCGGAGCCUCCUGGUCUGCGGGUUGUGUUCCUUGGCGAGAGCUGCCCCGCUGCUGCUGUAUGCAAAUCGGCGUGACCUGCGAUUGGUGGAUGCCACACAGGGGAACGAGAAUGCCACAAUUGUGGUGGGUGGCUUGGAAGAUGCAGCCGCCGUGGACUUUGUCUUCGCCCGUGGCUUGAUAUACUGGAGUGACGUAAGUGAAGAAGCCAUUAAACGGACAGAAUUCAACAAAACCGGGAGUGGUCAAAACGUGGUUGUUUCUGGGCUUUUAUCGCCUGACGGUCUGGCUUGUGAUUGGCUGGGUGAGAAACUGUACUGGACCGAUUCUGAAACAAACCGGAUAGAAGUUUCCAAUUUAGAUGGAUCUUUACGGAAAGUUUUAUUUUGGCAAGAGUUGGAUCAACCCAGAGCGAUCGCCUUAGAUCCUGUAAGAGGAUUCAUGUAUUGGACAGAUUGGGGAGAAUUGCCAAAGAUAGAGCGUGCUGGAAUGGAUGGUUCGACUCGCUCAGUUAUAAUCAACACCGACAUUUAUUGGCCAAAUGGACUGACCUUGGAUUAUGAAGAACGGAAGCUCUACUGGGCAGAUGCUAAACUGAACUUCAUUCACAGGUCGAACUUGGACGGAACCCAUCGGCAAGCUGUUGUUAAAGGAACCCUUCCACAUCCUUUCGCUCUGACUUUAUUCGGGAGCACCUUGUACUGGACUGAUUGGACCACACGCUCUAUCUUGUCCUGCAACAAAUAUACUGGGGAGAACUUGCGCGAAAUACAUUCCAACAUCUUUUCUCCUAUGGAUAUCCACGUGUUCAGCCAACAGAGGCAACCAAAUGCUGCAAACCCGUGUGGGGCCAACAACGGGGGCUGCUCCCACUUGUGCCUGAUGUCUCCUCUCAAGUCGUCUUAUCAGUGUGCAUGUCCCACGGGAGUGAAGCUCCUUGAAAAUGAGAAGACCUGCAAAAAUGGAGCUACAGAGUUGCUGCUAUUAGCCAGAAGGACUGACUUGAGGCAGAUUUCUUUGGACACUCCAGAUUUUACUGAUAUUGUUUUGCAACUGGAAGAUAUUCGACAUGCCAUUGCCAUUGACUAUGACCCUGUGGAAGGGUACAUCUACUGGACAGAUGAUGAAGUGAGAGCCAUCCGGCGUUCUUUCAUCGAUGGGUCAUCUAGCCAGUUUGUUGUCCAAGCGCAAAUUGCACAUCCAGAUGGAAUUGCUGUGGAUUGGAUUGCCCGUAACCUUUACUGGACUGAUACUGGUACAGAUCGUAUUGAGGUGACGAGGCUUAAUGGGACCAUGAGGAAGAUUUUGAUCUCAGAAGAUCUGGAAGAACCUAGAGCUAUAGCUCUGGAUCCCAUGGUUGGAUACAUGUACUGGACUGACUGGGGAGAGAUUCCAAAGAUUGAGAGAGCUGCUUUGGAUGGAUCAGACAGGGUUGUGCUGGUGAAUACUUCACUUGGUUGGCCCAAUGGACUGGCACUGGAUUAUGAGGAAAACAAAAUCUACUGGGGAGACGCUAAAACGGACAAAAUUGAGGUCAUGGACACAGAUGGCGCCAACAGGAAAGUCCUUGUGGAGGACAAGUUGCCCCACAUCUUUGGUUUCACACUGUUGGGGGACUACAUUUAUUGGACGGACUGGCAAAGGCGAAGCAUCGAGCGAGUUCACAAGCGGACAGCUGAAAGAGAGAUUAUCAUAGACCAGCUGCCUGAUCUCAUGGGGCUGAAGGCAACAAAUGUCCACCAGAUCAUUGGUACAAAUCCGUGUGCAGACUCUAAUGGGGGGUGCAGCCACUUGUGCCUCUAUAGGCCGCAGGGUUUGCGCUGUGCCUGCCCCAUUGGACUAGAGCUCAUCAGUGACAUGAAGACCUGCAUAGUCCCAGAAGCUUUCCUACUGUUUUCCCGGAGAGCCGAUAUCAGACGGAUCUCUCUGGAGACUAACAACAACAAUGUUGCUAUCCCUCUCACGGGAGUGAAAGAAGCCUCGGCUCUAGAUUUUGAUGUGUCAGACAAUCGCAUAUAUUGGACAGACAUCUCAUUAAAGACUAUCAGCAGGGCAUUCAUGAAUGGUAGCGCCCUGGAACAUGUGGUUGAAUUUGGCCUGGAUUACCCAGAAGGGAUGGCUGUGGAUUGGCUAGGGAAGAACCUGUAUUGGGCCGACACAGGCACAAAUCGUAUCGAAGUGUCCAAGCUAGAUGGACAGCAUCGCCAGGUCCUGGUGUGGAAGGAUCUGGACAGCCCUCGAGCUCUGGCACUGGAUCCUGCCGAAGGGUUUAUGUACUGGACAGAAUGGGGCGGAAAGCCCAAAAUUGACCGAGCAGCCAUGGAUGGUGGGGAGCGGACCACGUUGGUUCUAAAUGUGGGACGGGCAAAUGGACUGACCAUCGAUUAUGCUAAAAGAAGAUUGUACUGGACUGAUCUGGAUACCAACCUGAUCGAAUCUUCAGAUAUGUUGGGACUCAACCGUGAUGUUAUUGCAGACGAUUUGCCUCAUCCAUUUGGCCUGACUCAGUACCAGGAUUAUAUCUAUUGGACAGACUGGAGCCGGCGCAGCAUAGAGCGAGCCAACAAGACCAGCGGCCAGAACAGAACAGUCAUCCAAAACCACUUGGAUUAUGUGAUGGAUAUCUUGGUCUUCCACUCAUCCCGACAAGCGGGCUGGAACGAGUGCGCCUCCAGUAAUGGACACUGCUCCCACCUCUGUUUGGCAGUGCCGGUCGGUGGUUUUAUCUGCGGGUGUCCAGCUCAUUACUCCUUGAACUCUGACAACAGGACUUGUAGCGCCCCUACAAGUUUCCUGCUUUUCAGUCAGAAAAAUGCCAUCAAUCGCAUGGUGAUAGACGAACAGCAGAGUCCAGAUAUCAUCCUUCCAGUCCAUAGUCUCAGGAAUGUCCGGGCCAUUGACUACGAUCCUGUGGAUAAGCAGCUGUACUGGAUCGACUCUCGGCAGAACAUUAUCCGGAGGUCACAGGAGGAUGGUGAACAGGCCUUUACGGUGGUGUCAAGUCCAGUCCCAAACCAGAACCUUGGCAUCCAGCCUUAUGACCUGAGCAUUGACAUUUAUAGUCGCUACGUUUACUGGACUUGUGAGGCGACAAAUGUGAUCAACGUGACUCGCCUGGACGGGAGACCCAUGGGAGUGGUGCUGAGAGGCGACCAGGAUAGGCCCAGAGCUAUUGUUGUGAACCCAGAGAAAGGGUAUAUGUACUUCACCAACCUCCAGGAGAGGUCUCCUAAAAUAGAAAGGGCAGCUUUAGAUGGGACCGAACGCGAAGUCCUCUUCUCUAGUGGGCUGAGCAAGCCUGUGGCCUUGGCGAUUGACGGGCAGCUAGGGAAACUCUUCUGGGCCGAUUCUGACCUCCGGAGAAUUGAAAGCAGCGACCUCUCAGGUGCUAAUCGGAUAGUUCUAGAAGAUUCCAACAUAUUACAACCUGUAGGACUGACUGUGUUUGAAAACUGGCUCUACUGGAUCGACAAGCAUCAACAAAUGAUUGAAAAAAUUGACAUGACCGGCCGGGAAGGGCGUACAAAAGUUCAGGCCCGUAUUGCUCAGCUCAGCGAUAUUCAUGCUGUCAAAGAACUCAAUAUGCAGGAAUACAAGCAGCACCUGUGCUCCCAAGAUAAUGGCGGAUGUUCUCACAUUUGUAUCGUGAAAGGUGACGGGACCACGCGAUGCUCCUGCCCGGUGCACUUAGUCCUGCUUCAGGAUGAACUUUCAUGUGGAGAACCCCCGACGUGUUCACCACAACAGUUCACAUGUUUCACGGGAGAGAUUGACUGCAUCCCUGUCGUUUACGCUUCGGACGGGCAAACAACAGAAUGCGCAGGAGAUCUACAUGGCGAUGAGAAAGAACUCGCCCUUGUAGUGCCUCCGGAGACCCAGUUCCAGUGCGAGAGCGGGCAGUGUGUCGACAUCAGCCUGGUAUGCAACGGGGAAGCCAAUUGCCAGGACAGCUCCGAUGAGAAGAACUGUGAUGUUCUUUGUCUGUCCGAUCAGUUCCGUUGCGCCAACGGGCAGUGCAUUGGGAAAAACAAGAAAUGCGACCACAACUUGGAUUGCAGUGACAGCUCCGAUGAACAGGGUUGCUAUACGACAGAGGAACCUGCCCCACAAGCCAGCAAUACAAUCGGCUCCAUCAUUGGUGUGAUCCUGACCGUUUUUGUGGUUGGUGCGAUGUACUUUGUGUGCCAGAGGGUGUUGUGCCCACGCAUGAAAGGAGAUGGGGAAACCAUGACCAACGACUACGUGGUGCACGGACCAGCUUCGGUACCUCUAGGCUACGUGCCUCACCCGAGCUCACUCUCUGGAUCUCUCCCCGGAAUGUCCCGAGGUAAAUCUGUGAUCAGUUCUCUCAGCAUCAUGGGCGGAAGCAGUGGACCUCCGUACGACAGGGCCCACGUUACCGGGGCUUCCUCUAGUAGUUCCUCAAGCACUAAGGGCACUUACUUCCCACCAAUUUUGAACCCGCCUCCAUCACCAGCGACUGAACGUUCACAUUACACUCUGGAGUUUGGCUAUUCUUCCAACAGCCCUUCCACUCAUCGAUCUUACAGUUACAGGCCAUACAGCUACCGGCAUUUUGCCCCUCCCACGACGCCCUGCAGUACGGACAUUUGUGACAGUGAUUACGCCCCCAGCCGCCGGGUGGUGACUACAGUGGGCAAGGGCUACACCAGCGACUUGAACUAUGACUCUGAGCCCGUGCCCCCUCCGCCGACGCCACGCAGCCAGUAUUUGUCAGCAGAGGAGAACUACGAGAGCUGCCCGCCGUCUCCCUACACAGAGCGGAGCUAUUCCCAUCACUUGUAUCCGCCGCCCCCUUCUCCCUGCACGGACUCCUCGUGAGAGACUCCCUCCCUCCUUUGACUGCCUCCAACCAACUGUGUAAAUACGGAGUGCUCCUAUCAAGAGGGGGGAGGGCCUGAGGCAGGGUGAAACCAUUAAAAUUAUUAAAUGGGGGGGAGGGGUAUACCAGAGAACUUGUAUAGAAAAGGGGGGGGUGCAGAAGGUUUAUUUAUAUAUUUUCUUAAAACAGUCUGCUGCUUUGUGCCAUAAGAAAAAAAAAUUUAAAUUUGUACACAGAAGUGUGUUUUUUUAUUAUUUUUCCAAAUGGAACACAAGAAGAUGCCUUAAAUCAGUGAAGUGACUGAGCGGAGGGAAAACGGAAGGAGGGGAGCGCGUCGCUGUUCAAUGAGCCAAAAUACCAAAAGAAGAAGAAGAGGAGGAGGAGGAGAGCUUUUUCCCGAGCAAGGCAAAGUAUGAAAGAAGUCUGUCACUGAGCAGCAUCUGGAGCCAAAUCACCUCUUGCGUUUAACUUUGAUGGGCCAGCAAUUUAAAUUAAACUUGAAGAAAACUGUUCUAACAAACAAACAGCGGUACACAAAGGGCUUUGUUUUCUACGAGAAUGCAGCAGUCACGGCAGAGAGGACUUUGGAUGCUUAAUUCAGAUCAUCAGAAGUGGCGAAGCGGAUUUUGUUUGUUUGUUCGUUUCUUCCUGGCAGCUCAGUUGUCUCGUCGAGCACAGUCUUGCUGACGGCUGUGUGCGUCUCAUUUUAAUUGUUUUUUUUUUCAGUUCUUCCUGACUAAUUCAUUCAGCAAGUGUACCCCGGCGUCCUUCCCUUGGGGAGGCCUCAGUCUGCCCAUUUAAAUCUCCAGUGACUCAUGUUUGUCAUGCAGGGUCAGGAAGGAUCCAGUGUUGGCGAAUGUGGGAUCACCUAGUUUGCAUUGUCACAAUUUUUUCUCCGGAGUGGGAAAACAGGAAAGGGAAUCCAUUGGGUGACAUCCUGCCAUUCCGUCAUGGAGGUUUGCCAGUGUUCCCGCAGCUUCCUUUUGAUUCCUGGAAAGACCGCUCUUAGGAUAGCAGGAUCCAUGCAGAGAAACAGCUGGAUGAGCUGGAGACUGGAGGAACGAGCAGAGCAGAGCUUCGUGAACAGGGAGGAGAGUGGAUUUGAAUCUUGUGAGUUGUCCUGAGCCCCAUGACCCAGUUGAGGGAUGGGAUAUAAGUCUAAAAUAGGUGUGUCCAACUCUGGCACUUCAUAUGUUCGUGGACUACAAUUCCCAGCAACCCCUUCUGUUUUCUGAGGGGGCUGAUGGGAAUUAUAGUCCACAGGCAGGUGCUGAUGGGAAUUGUAGUCCAUGGGGAGGGGCUGAUGGGAAUUGUAGUCCAUGAACAUCUGAAGCACCAGAGUUGGACACCACUGGUCUAAAGCAAAGUAAGCAUAUGAGACCUGACUCCUCCAUCCUUUGCCAGGAGUUAGGAUCCAAGUUUGUGAGUGUGAGAGGAAAUGUAUGCACGUAUGCAACCGAGAGAAGAGCUUUUCCCCCUGCCGCUACAAUCGGAUUAUGUUCUCAUGCCACAUCAGUGCUGUUUUCGUGACAGUGACAACGGUGACUGUCGCUAUGCCUGAACGACGUUUCAUCCCAUUUCUUCAAAAUGUUUCUGUGCCCCCCACAAAAUCGUCAUAUUUUUAUACAACAUAGUAAUAAUAUAGGUGACAUAUUUAUAUGAAUUAUAAAUUUUAACUUUGAUUUUUUUUAGUUUAAUGUAAAUGAAUCUUAUAUUCUUACAGUACUUUGAGUAUAGAUUAAAUAUCACAGUACACAAAUAAUCUCUCUGUGUGUGUAUAUAUAAGUAGUCACUUGCAUAUAUAUACACACACACACAAAUACACUACUUUUCUCUACUAGGAAACAUUUUAAACUUUUCCUGUCAGGAUGCUCUCUAGACACUUAGGGUGCUGAAAACUUUCCCCUUUCCUGUUGAGGCAGUUUUGAGGAGCCCGUGUGACUUAAGACGUGCCACUAAUUUUCACGUGGCAUAAAUUCAGUUCUUAGGCAUAGACCACCAUACAUGUCUUCAAGGAUAUCCUUUGCCUACUGAUGUAUUAUGCCUUUGCAUUACAUAUUGGGGUUUUUUUGUGUUGUUUACACCUCUGUAGCGAUUUGAAAGGGAUGCUAUGUCUUCAUUUGAUGGCUGCUUUGGAUAACAGCAAAAACACAACGCAUUAAAAACUGCCCAGCAAGAGUAGGCAGAAAGACUGGAGUUUACACGAUUUUUGUAAUGGUUUUAGGUGAUAAAUAUCUGGAUCUGCUAUACAGAUUUUCUUAAAGGGUUCUCUGAAUCUUACUAGCAUGAGGAGGAUGCACCAAGUGUUCUCUUCCUGAUUUUAGCAAAUCGUUCUCUGCCCAUGUCAGCAGGUUUGAUGGCUUUCGCUAGGAGCAACAGUAAAUGUUAGCCCUGGUUACUCCCGAGUUACACCUGCGUCUGCUGUUCUAAAUGUGCACAAGGUGGACUCACCUAGGUGCCUGGAACAGGGAAUUACAGUUCCUUGCAACUCCACUGUGUUUGGAGGCAUGUUGCACACUUCUGUUUGGGAAACAGUGGAACUGUAGCAACUACAAUUUGCUACACAAAGUGUGAAGUUGCCCCCACCUGUCGUCUUAUCCCAGCCAACCCAAAGCUGACAGGCUUCCAGGCAUUCCCAGUUUUGGAUCUGUGGGUUUCAGGAGAAUUUACACUGACUUGUACACAUCAUCUCAGAUGCCAGAAGUUCGGCUUCAGUUCAGCUGUACUCCAGUCACGAUGUUUGGAUAUCCAGCAGAAGUAAACAGUGUCCCUGGAUGCGUUUAGACAUGCUUUAAAGAAAAUCUCUGUGAAUUCUGUUCCUAAAUGCAUGAAGUUAAACGUUUAAACCCCCUCUGAGUUUAAAGGAUUUUACUUUCCAGUGAUGGUGUUACAACUUGAAUUUUGGAAUUCUCUUCAAACUUUUAGAACCAAAGUCCAGAUUUUGUGACAUUUGCAAAAACAGAAGUAGGGGGCCACAUUUCCGAUCCAUAGGAAGUUCUGUAUCUGUCCAUUUUACCCUUUGGCUCUCCUGAAACCUGGGUGUUACAAGCCAGCAAAGAACCUCAGUGGUGUUGCCGCUGGGUGAAAAAUAUUGAAUGUUGAACACAGGUCUAGAGGACAGGUGAGAAGUGAUGCUUCAGGAAUGCCAAGAUCUGUAAACAUGCCCUUUUGCGUGAGAGUUUGUGUAUAUAAACUCGCGCUGGGGACUUGGUUAUUGCCCUGCUUUAUCCCAAUGCAGAUGCCGCAUCAGCAACACUCUUUUCUUCCUGCCAUGAAUGUGUGUGUUUCGUGCUAGUUUCUUUUGUAAGGUUGUUAAGCUUAUUGUUGUGGUAUCCUCUUUCUGUGACAGUAUCGGGGCUGCCUGUUUGUUUCCAUUUGGGUAUUUUUACAAUCGAAAGGGGGCGGUAGAAUUGGUCUCCCGUGAGGAUUUGAAUUCGGCAGGGCAGUAGCUCAAUAACUCUUCUGUGCGAAACAGCCAUCCGGCAUGAGUGGUGCAAACGUAAGGCAAGCCCUGGAAAUGUGAGCCGCCAGCAGCUGAGGACCCUAGGCACAGGUGUGGGUUUGUGAAGCAGGGUCUACCUUGAGUAUAAGAAAGAUAACAUCCUUUUGAAGUCACUCCCCGUAGCUGAAAUUUGCACAUGUUCUCACUCUUGUGUGAGCUGUUGCUUGUGUGUUACCAGCAGGGGGCUGCAAUGCCUCCUACCAGGAGAAGGCUUACCUGGAGUGGAUGCAGAGAGCGGGGGGGGGGGGGGGGGGGGAGCUUCCAACAGCCAGUUGGUUGCAGCAUGUAAUUCUGUAAGAUGUUAGAGAGAGAAGGGAGGACUCCACUUUUCCUUGACUUGCCUCUUUGGCUCUGCCUGCUCCCUUCCUUUAUGCCAUAGAUGUCAAACUCACGGCCCUCCAGAUGUUAUGGACUACAGUUCCCAUCAUAGAUGAGUUUGACAUCUAUGCUUUAUGCAGUUGCUGUAUGAUUUCACUGCCCCAUGUUGUCAUCUUUGCAGCUACUGCUGUUGUUUCCUUCUAUGGGAAAACUACGUGCUUACAGAGUGCAGAUUUUGGUAGUUUUAAAUGGCAAGAAUCGUGGGGUGAGGAGCAGAGAGCUGUGUCUGCAUCUUACCCACUGAAAUGAAAGGAGUCGCAUCUUUUGCCCACAUCGGGCCCACACAUGUUGACCUCCGGUUUUAGUAGAUAUCAGAGAACAAAAAUACACUCACACACCUAAGGCUAAGAUAGUAAAAGACUUCUUAAUAGGAUUUAGGGGUUUCGGUAAAACCUUCCGCGUAGGAGUUUGCAGGUAAAAUGAUAAUUCCUAAAUCUAUCCGUGCGCUCUUUCUGAAAUGUAUUUGCAUCUGCUGAUUAUCAACGUCUAAAAGCUUUAUACUUUUUUUUUGCCUUAAAUACUUCUCAGACCAAAUACUGUCAGUAUAAAAUAUGAGUAUAAAUUUUCCCAGCAUCCAUUCCAGAGGAACAGAUGAGCGUGAUGCAGCCGCCACUUCUGUUGCCAUAAGAGUAGCAGAGAUUCAAGGGUGUUUCAUACCUGCUGUCUCUUGAAGGCCUAAAAGCACUGGUAGAUCUUCUAAAAUCUAGCUGCAUUAUUUUUAGCUGAUUGGGGGGGAAAACAACGUUAUCUUUACAUGAAGAGGGUACCAUUGUUAUAAGCUGAACAUGCCUUGUUUGCAAGUGAAGGAUCUGUUGCUAUUUUUAAUCUGUUUUGUUAUUUUAUUUCCUCUAUGUCCAUAAGCUUUAAUUCCUUUGCCCUUGUCUUUGAAAGAAAGAAAGAAAUCCGGCGAGUGUGUUCAUUUUCUUCAUCGACUUCCGUAUGAUGGAGCUUCGCAAGGAUGUAUUUAUGUUAGAAUGACCAACAUUUGGUCUGCCCUCUUCACUCACUGAUCCUUUUAUAUUAUUAUAAAAUAAAUGUUUUGCUUGCAAGCUGUGUAUAUAAGCCUUGUAAAAAGUUUCCGACCCACCUUUUCAAUUAUUACUAUACAUUUGAGUUGUAACAAAUUUAAAAAAUGUUGAUUUUUAUAAUAAAACAGAGUGGAAGAUGUA